ACAAACUCUUCUCCCGUCACGUGCCUGCCCGGGCCAGUGACCGCUCGGUCACUGGAGGAGCUCGGUCCCCGGUCGCGGCGGCCGCCCGGGAGGAGAGGAGCCUGGGCCGCGGCGGGGACCUCGCAGCAGCGGGGACGCGGGGCGCUGCGGAGAUGAAGGGAGAAGCUGGAAGUAUGCAACAUAAUGAGAAGCCAAAGCAGGAGGGACACAUCUGGGGCUCCAUGAGGAGGACAGCUUUCAUCCUGGGCUCUGGCCUUCUCUUGCUGGUGGCCUUCUGGAACUCAGUUACCUGGCAUCUUCAGAGAUUUUGGGGUGCUUCUGGCUACUUUUGGCAAGCCCAGUGGGAGAAUCUGCUGUCUACAUUCGAAGGGAUGGAGUGGAUGCUCUACUUUAUAGGUGCCAUCCAAGUACCUGGUCUGCUCUUCUGGAGCUUCAAUGGGCUUCUACUGGUGGUUGAUACAACUGGAAAACCUAACUUCAUCUCUCGCUACCGAAUUCAGGUCGGCAAGAAUGAACCAGUGGACGCUGAGAAACUACGCCGGUCUAUCCGCACAGUUCUCUUCAACCAGUACAUGAUCUCUCUGCCCAUGGUGGUUCUCCUCUAUCCCAUCCUCAAGCUGUGGGGAGACCCCUGCCGCCGAGAGCUACCCACCUUCCACUGGUUCCUCCUGGAGCUGACCGUCUUCACUCUGAUCGAGGAAGUCCUGUUCUACUACUCACACCGGCUCCUUCACCACCCAACAUUCUACAAGAAAAUCCACAAGAAACACCACGAGUGGACAGCUCCCAUUGGCGUGAUCUCUUUCUACGCCCACCCUAUCGAGCAUGUGGUCUCCAACACGCUGCCAGUAAUGGUGGGUCCCCUAGUAAUGGGCUCCCACUUGUCCUCUAUCACCAUGUGGUUCUCCUUGGCCCUCAUCAUCACCACCAUUUCCCACUGUGGCUACCACCUACCUUUCCUGCCUUCACCUGAAUUCCAUGACUACCACCAUCUCAAGUUCAACCAGUGCUAUGGGGUGCUGGGGGUGCUAGACCACCUCCAUGGGACUGACACAUUGUUUAAGCAGACUAAGGCCUACGAGAGACACAUCCUCCUGCUGGGCCUCACCCCACUGUCUGAGAGCAUCCCGGAUCCCCCAAAGAAAAUGGAGUGAGAGAAGGCCCAAUGGCCACCCUGGCUGUCCCCCUCAGUGGACUAAGGUGGCCCAAGAUAUCCUUAAUGCCCCGAAUUUGCUCUUUAGCCAUGUACUUUCUAAUGACAGCAUCACUGAGGCAGGGGGUUAGCUCAGCUUCCUAGAAAAGCAGGGCCAGGGAUCCCUGGGUGGCGCAGCGGUUUGGCGCCUGCCUUUGGCCCAGGGCGCGAUCCUGGAGACCCGGGAUCGAAUCCCACGUCAGGCUCCCGGUGCAUGGAGCCUGCUUCUCCCUCUGCCUGUGUCUCUGCCUCUCUCUCUCUGUGUGACUAUCAUAAAUAAAUAAAAAUUAAAAAAAAAAAAAAGAAAAGCAGGGCCAAGGAUGGGGCCAGGGCUCCCCUGCGGUUCCACAGAAGGACCAGGGGUGGGCUUAAAGAAAGGGAAAAAGCAGCUCCCCAGAUGGAAGCUAGUGAGAAGGAAGAAACCACCUUUAAAAGCGCUCCUGGAGAGUCCCCCUGGUCCUUUGCUGUGGAAGGGGAGAGAGGACUCCAGAUGAACUUUUUAUGGCCUAGCAAGACACAGAGAAUGUGAAGGUGGCAGUGAGACUGGAAGCUACUGCCAACUCCAGGGAGAGCUCUUCCUGGUGCUAAGGGGUGAGGGAGCCAGAAGGUAUUGCUUUGCCCCUUCCUGUCCCACAAAACUUUUCUCAUACCCUACUCUGGCCAGAGCCAAGACAUUCUCUUUGCCAACACACACACACAAACACACACACCACACACACACACACACUUGCAAGUCAGCUAACAAAGACCUCAUUUCAACUCUGCCCCACUGCAAACCCCAUCCCUCUAUGAAAAGAAAAAUGCCAAUCGCAGGGAGUUCCUCUGUGGAUUAAAACUGAGAUAUCAAAGAGGUGCAGACCAAACCCCAACACCUACCUUCAGCCACACAUGGAAACCCAGAAACCACAGGUCAAGCCCUGUUGACCUGCUAAGCUGGAGGCCCUUUUAUCCAGAGGGAAGGUUCCGAUUUCCUGACCUUUGGGGACACCCAACUGAGGAGGCUAGAACCUUCUUCCUCCAAUGAGAAGGCAAGAAAAACAUGGCUGACCAAAAGGCAAAACCCUCACUUUUUCCCAAAUGAUUAGCCAGUUGUCUCAACACCAUUUAUUUCAAAUGAAACUUUGUCAGGAACCUUAUUCUCUAAAAACCAAAAGAGCUGCUCGGGUUGCAGCAGUUCCCAGCCUGGCCUUCCCUCAGCAGCUUAGACAUUGUCAGGAACCCUGCAGCUCCUGGGAAAAAUUUGAGGACCACUCUUUGGUUUGAAAGGCCACCAAAUACCAGCUACUUUCACUUACAUCAAGAAAACCAUCCAGUUUUAUAAAAUACCUUAACAUUGGAUAGGGCCAAGUCUCCAAGCAGAUCUAAGACUCCUUCCUUCCUAUUGGCCCUUCGACCCCAGACCUACUGAUAGACCAGCUGGGUACUUACCAGUGUCCUCCUUGGCUUUCCAAACCCUACCUACCAUCCUCUGGCCUUCAUGGACCUACCUGGCCCUAUCCCCAGGACACCCAUGCCAUGAGCUUUAAGUACAGCUUCUGGUGCACCAACGCUUUAGGUUUUCACAGCUGCUGGCCCGUACUCACAACCUGCUCUUAGGAAUAAACACUUGGAAAACAGCCCAUCUUCAGUUUACUUGUAAGGGUAGGGAAUGAGUAGUGUGCACAAAGAGGAAAAGCAGAUGCCUUCCUUCCCCUGUGAGGUCUUUAGACUUGGAAGUACUGUAGAGGACCAAGAGGCUGUCAGUCUCUCAUCCCUUUUGGCAGCCACGUGGUUGGGCUCUGGCAGGGGGUCUCAGCCCUAAUCUCUUCAUCAAACAAGAGUGGCCCUGAGGUGGGUGAACAAGUGAGGCUUAAGAAAAGGCUGAGGUCUCCAAAUUCCCAAAGACCAAGGGAUAGGAAAUAUUGCAAAUAAACGGAUCUCUUUAAUUCCA